AUGGGUUAAGAAUUAGAUUAUUCAAUAUAAGCAUUCAAAAUUUUAGCAAGGAUUUUUUUUUUAUAGCUGCUUUGUCUUCUUCUUUUCGCUUAUGGAUUAUUUUUUUUCCAUAAAUAGUUAAGUUUAGUAAGCAAAUCAGAUCUUUAGUCUUUUGUUAAAAGAGAUGAGUGGUUCGAACUUCAGUAGCAUGAAACUAUAGGAUUAUUUAUUUUAGAAGGAAAAAAUUCAUUAAAUCAAAUGAAGUUGCCAUCUGAUAUUCAAAAUAUUACUCUAAAUCUAAAAAGAGAACCGCAAUGUUAUGAAGGAUAAGAAAUCAUAGCUUUAAUGACUGGUAGUUAUUCAUCGCUCUUAGAAUAUGUAUAUUCAUAAGAUAAGCUGAUUGAAGAUAGCAUAUUCCAUUAGCUAAAUCAUACAUAAAAGUAAGUUGCUUACAUCGGAGAGCAAACCUUUUGGCAAGAUUUAUUUCCACAUAUGACUCAUUCUGAAUAUAACAGUGAAAAGGAUUUAAAAUAUAUUUUAACUUCAAGUGAAAGCUUCAAAGCAGAUUUUAUUAUUGGCUUGAUAGAAGAUAAUUAAGAAUUUUAUAAGCAGAUUUAAUAGUCCUUAUCAGAGUUAAAAAAGAAAACACUGAUCCUUAUUUUAGAAUAGGAUGAAUGCAGCAUAUAUGGCUCAAGGGAAAGUAGACUUAUAGCACUUAGCAAUACUUAAUUUCAAAAUAUUGUACAGCUACCUGAUUUAGAAAGAGAAGAAAUCGAUAUGACUAGCACCUUGUCAGCAAUUUUAGGCAUACCCAUCCCUUUUUGCAAUUUUGGUUAAGUUAUUCCGGAAUUAUACUCAAAAGAAAUGGACUUAGAAUUAGACGGUGAAUAAUACAGCACUGAAUUAAGAACAUGGUAUACUGUUUUCUACCAUAUUCUACUUAAUUCACAUUAGAUGGAGCACUAUAUAGCAUCAUUUUAAAAAUAUUAUCCAUUAUUCUUUAGCAGUGAAAAAGUUGAGGAACUAAAAACAGAAAUAGAAAAUUUACAAAAAAGCUUUUCUAAUAUUUUAGAUGAUAUUUAGCCUGGACAGUAAGGAAGCAAAGAAGAGUAGAAAGUUAUAAAGUAAAUUAAAGAUCAAAUAAAAGCAUUUAGAAAAGCUAUGAAAUAAAUGGAAUUAAUUAUUUAGUAAAGUAAUUUCGGUUAGAUACACUUGAUGGUGUUCGGUUUAGUCUUUUUUAUAAUUGCAUUUUCUUAUUUACUCAUAACUGAAUUCAAAAGUUAGUAAAAUCUCCAGUUAUUUACUAAAUUGAUAAAAUCAGCUUUUUAUUUUAAUCAUACCUCGCCUGUUUAAUACAACUUUAAUAUGAUCUUAACAAUCUUCCUAUCCCUUACUUUUAUCUUUGUAAGAAAUGAUUAUUUAAUUUUGACUGCUGACAUAAUUUUGCACGGAAUACUUUUACUAAAUCUUGAUUAAGAUAAGAUAAAAAAGUAUUUAUUUUUGAGCUCAAUAAAUAUAGCAAUAAAUGCUAAGUGCUUAGGAUUGAUAAAAAUUAAUUGGGCUUUGAAAUUGGCUGAUACUAUAGGAGUUCACUACAUAUUCGAUGUUUUAUGUUUUUUAGUUAUAGUUUUUUUUGCUUUCAAAGUUCUCUCAACAAUUUAUUUUAUAGAGAUAGAAUUUCUAAUAGAAACGAAAAAGAAAAGGAUUUUUAAGGCUUUGAUAUCUAUUUCAUUAAUAAAUAUAAUUCUAAGUGGAUUACAAUACUUCUUUAAUGAUAUUAUAUCUCACGAUUAGGCUUCAUUUUUAAUUAUGCUCUUUUUUACAAUAGUAUCUUCUAUUUUAGUUAGGCCUUUUGUUUAUAAAUCUGAGGACUUCAAUAAACUGAACUGUGAAGCCAAGUGGAUUCUUGUAAGUAUAAACGUUCUUCCUUUAGUGUUUUUAGACACUCAUAAUGAGCAUAUUUUUAUUAUUUUAAUACUUUAUUUGUACUAGCUUUUCAACUUUUUCCACUUAAUAAAGAAUGCAGGUUAUCUUAAUUCUUCCAUGCAAGUAUGCUAUUUGAUAUUCCUAACAAUUAUAAUAUUCUAGAAAGGACUGCUGGGUUCAAUAGAAAUGGGAUCUCUUAAAAAUGCUAUACACAUGGAUCAUCAUCAUGAACAUGAAGAAAGUAAUGUAGUUGUUCACAGUGAAAAACACACGAAUGAAACAUCAGAAGGAAAUGUUCUAUUUAGCUUUAUUACUAACUGCAUAUAAAUAGGAGCAGCUCCAAUUAUUUUGGGAGGAAUUUUUCCUGUGUUUUAGAAAAUUGCCAAUAAAGCAAAGACCAUUCCAAGAGAAAAGUUUAUGAAUUAAAGUAUUCUUAAAUUGUUAUUUGACUAAGAUCUAUUCCUUAGCAUUGAAAAUAACUACUUUACUAGUCUCUAAAAUUUAAUAACUUAUCUGUUACUGCUUUUAAUAAUACUAUCUCUAAGAAUUAUAUUUGUGCUUUCAAAUAUAAUCUUAAAUUAUAGCUCAAACUUUAAUCUCUUUAGAUUCUAUAAAGAAAUCUUCAUCUUCGAAAUAAUAAACUUUAUAUUCAUUUAUAUUACUAUUUUAGGUUGUAUUCACUUGUUUGUGUAGCUAAAUUAAAAUGAUCAAAAGUAGUACGAGCUUAAAUUACAAUCUGAUAAUGAACCAAGUGAAAAAAUAAAAAACAACAAAUAAAUCUCAUUUAGUUAAAAUGAUGAAACAGAGCUAUUUAAAGUGAAUAAUAGAAUGAAAAGAGAAGAUUCAUUAAACGAAUAAAGUGCUACUUAAGAUGAUGAAAUAUGA